CUAUGCAAAAACGUAGCUUGGACUCGUAUUCACUCUCUCCUAUCUCAGCUUGUAGAAAAAAACAGUAUCAAAUCAAUUUAAAAAUAAAAAGAUAUACUCCAAUAAAGGUGGUAAUCUAAAGUAAAAGAAACAGACAACAGUUACAGGCUUUAAGCAGGAAAUAAAAGAGAGAACCAUUUACGAAAAUAGUGAAGCAUUGCUCCUUUAGAUUCACCACAAAUUUCUGCUUCUUUCUCUCUCGCCAAACAUGUUUUGGAAGCGAGAAUUGUAACGGCAGAUCGUUUUCGUUUUAGUGUUUCGAAGUAGAAUCUCACUUGCUCUGUUUAAAGCUCUGUGAGAAUGUUAACUGCAACCAGGUCAUAGCAGUGGCUUUUUUUAUGAAACAGUUGUAUCUCUGAAGAGUUGGGGCAUGAAUGACUGCAACACGCAUGUGUAUGACCACACUGAACCAACUGAUCCUCAGGAACUUAAGUUUUAAGUGCAGGAAAGAAGCCCUGGUACUUUUUUCAUGUGGGCGGUAAUGUGUCCUUUGCUAAUGCUAUGGUACCCUUGCUGGUGCAUUCUUUUAGGGAAUUUUUGUGUGCCUGUUUUUUCAUUUGGGCCAGGGCAGCAUGGGGGUGGGGGCAUUUGGUCAGGAAAUGGGUUGCAUAACUCCGGUUCAAUUUCAAGCAAUCACUCUAGAAGUGGCAUCUCUAGCUAUGCCAAGACAUUAAAAUUUUCUCUGCCAUUAAACAGUUCUGUAUCCUGUGAGGACCUAGAGGGAGUGGGAUCAUUUGAUACCACAUGCUUGGUAAACUCAAAUUUGUAUUUGAAUUCUGAUCUUUAUAUUUAUGGUACGGGAAACCUAGAGAUACUUCCACAUGUUUCAAUUGGAUGCCCAAUAGAAGGAUGUAUGGUGACGAUCAAUAUGACUGGCAAUGUUAACAUUGGUCAAUAUGCAACAAUUGUUGCUGGUUCAGUUGUUUUUGCUGUUGCCAACUUGACCAUGGAUAGUCACUCUUCUAUAAAUACAACAGCCUUGGGAGGAUCACCACCACCCCAAACUAGUGGUACACCAGUUGGGGAUGAUGGAGGUGGUGGUGGGCAUGGUGGUCGAGGUGCUUCCUGUUUGAAAAGGAACAAGACAAGUAAUUGGGGUGGUGAUGUUUAUGCAUGGUCAACCUUGGCUGAGCCAUGGAGCUAUGGUAGUAAGGGCGGUGGCACAUCUUCUCGGAAUAAAUUUGGAGGGAAUGGUGGAGGACGCAUCAAGAUUCAAGUAAAGGAGAUUGUGUGCUUGAAUGGAUCUAUCGCUGCAGAAGGUGGGGAUGGGGGGCUGAUUGGGGGAGGUGGGUCUGGUGGAAGCAUAUUUGUGCAUGCUGUGAAACUGAAGGGAUAUGGAACUAUCAGUGCAGCAGGUGGAAGGGGAUGGGGUGGAGGUGGCGGUGGAAGAAUUUCUUUGGAUUGUUAUAGCAUACAGGAAGAUGUGAAAGUUACUGUACAUGGUGGUUUGAGUAUUGGCUGUCCUGGGAAUGCUGGAGCAGCUGGUACAUUCUUUAACGCAGAUUUACUCAGUUUAAGAGUGAGCAAUGACUACGUGAUGACAGAAACAGAAACCCCUUUGCUUGAUUUUCCUACCACAAUUCUAUGGUCAAAUGUUUUUGUGGAGAAUUAUGCAAAAGUUUUGGUCCCCCUGGUUUGGAGCAGGAUUCAGGUCAGAGGCCAAAUUAGUUUAUAUCAUGGAGGCAGCAUUGUCUUUGGAUUGUCUGAAUUCCCAGUAUCAGAAUUUGAGCUUGUAGCAGAAGAGCUUCUGAUGAGCGAUUCUAUCAUAAAGGUAUUUGGUGCAUUUAGAGUUGCUAUCAAAAUGCUACUCAUGUGGAACUCCAAAAUUGAAAUAGAUGGAGGUGGAAAUACUAUUGUUACUGCUUCUGUCCUUGAAGUCAGGAAUCUGAUUGUUCUAACGGCAGGCUCUGUCCUCAGUUCAAAUUCAAAUUUGGGGUUAUAUGGUCAAGGACUACUGAAGUUGACGGGUCAUGGUGAUACAAUUAGAGGCCAGCGACUUUCCUUGUCUCUUUUUUAUAACAUAACUGUUGGACCUGGUUCUUUAGUUCAAGCUCCAUUGGAUGAUAAUGCUAGCAGAAGUUUGGUUACAAAAUCACUCUGUGAGAGUCAGACAUGUCCAAUAGAUUUGAUAACUCCCCCAGAUGAUUGCCAUGUUAAUUACACACUGUCGUUUUCACUUCAGAUUUGUCGUGUCGAGGACCUCCUUGUAAAUGGCAUUGUAAAGGGGAGUAUCAUCCACAUCCACAGGGCAAGAACUAUCAUUAUUGAUGCUGAUGGCUUGAUUACUGCAUCCGAGUUAGGUUGCAGUGGUGGCAUUGGGAAAGGGAACUAUUCCAAAGGAGCUGGUAGUGGUGCUGGACAUGGGGGAAGAGGGGGCUCAGGUUGUUUUAAUGGGAUUGUGAGUAAUGGCGGCAACAAAUAUGGUAAAGCUGAUCUUCCUUGUGAAUUGGGAAGCGGAACCGAAGGUCCCAAUCAGUCCUAUGGCAAUGUGAUUGGAGGGGGAAUGAUUGUGAUGGGAUCCAUCCAGUGGCCGCUGUUGAAGCUCAAUCUUUAUGGAUCUUUGAGAGUUGAUGGUCAAAGCUUUGAUAAAGCAUCAAUAAAUAGUAAUGCUUCUUUGAUUGGUGGACUUGGUGGAGGUUCUGGAGGGACGGUUCUUCUUUUCCUGCAAGAGCUUAUGCUUGCAGAAAACUCAUGUUUAUCUGUUCGUGGGGGCAAUGGAAGUCCUCUUGGUGGUGGAGGAGGUGGGGGUGGAAGAGUACAUUUUCAUUGGUAUAAAAUAGACAUUGGGGAUGAAUAUGUUCCAGUUGCAAUUAUAAGUGGUUCAAUUAACAGAAGUGGAGGUGCUGGAGAAAAUGGUGGUCUUUUUGGGGAGGAAGGCACGGUCACUGGGAAAAAAUGCCCAAAGGGCCUAUAUGGUACAUUUUGCAAGGAAUGCCCUCUCGGUACUUUCAAAGAUGUCGAUGGAUCUGAUGAAAGUCUUUGCAUUCCUUGCUCUCUUGAUCUUCUCCCUAAUCGUGCAAAUUUUAUAUAUGUUCGAGGGGGGGUUAGUGAACCAUCUUGUCCAUAUAAAUGCAUAUCUGACAAGUACAGGAUGCCAAAUUGUUAUACUCCUCUUGAGGAGCUGGUGUAUACAUUUGGAGGCCCUUGGCCUUUUGCCCUCAUUCUGUCUUUCCUUUUGGUGCUUCUAGCUCUAUUGUUGAGUACAGUGAGAGUCAAACUGGUAGGAUCAGGUUCUUGUUAUGGUGCAAGUUCAGUUGAGCAUCAGAGUCAUCACCACUUUCCACAUCUACUUUCCCUAUCAGAGGUGCGAGGAACUAGAGCUGAAGAAAGUCAGAGCCAUGUCUACAGAAUGUACUUUAUGGGUCCCAAUACUUUUAGGGAACCCUGGCAUCUUCCUUAUUCUCCUCCCAAUGCAAUUAUUGAGAUUGUAUAUGAAGAUGCUUUUAACAGAUUUAUUGAUGAUAUAAAUUCUGUUGCUGCCUAUGAUUGGUGGGAAGGGUCGGUUCACAGUAUUCUUUCAGUGGUUGCCUAUCCUUGUGCAUGGUCCUGGAAACAGUGGCGGCAGAGAAAUAAAAUUCAUCGACUUCAGGAAUAUGUCAAGUCUGAAUAUGACCACUCGUGUCUUCGCUCUUGUCGAUCUCGGGCCCUAUACAAGGGGAUGAAGGUUGGGGCAACACCAGACUUAAUGGUUGCUUACAUUGACUUUUUUCUUGGUGGUGACGAGAGGCGUUUAGAUAUAGUGUCUAUAAUACAAAAGAGAUUUCCCAUGUGCAUAAUAUUUGGAGGUGAUGGGAGCUAUAUGUCACCUUAUAAUCUACAUAGUGACACAUUAUUGACCAGUCUUCUUGGUCAGCAUGUCCCUGCAACUGUCUGGAAUCGUUUGGUGGCUGGUUUAAAUGCUCAGUUGAGGACUGUGAGGCAUGGAUCUAUCCGCUCUGCUCUACUUCCUGUAAUUGAUUGGAUAUGCAGCCAUGGAAAUCCCCAGCUCGAGUUCCAUGGAGUUAAGAUAGAGCUAGGAUGGUUCCAAGCUACUGCUUCUGGUUACUAUCAGUUAGGUGUCUUAGUAAUGGUUGGUGAUUAUUCUCUCCAUUCUAUGCACCAGUCUGACUGCAUGGAUAAAAGCAAUGGUGAAUCAGCAAGGAACAAUCAUUCAUAUUACAGGAACAAUGCCUCAUGUACGAGCAGAAGUCUUAAGCUGCUUCAGCAAGAGCGGCCAUACUUGAGUCAAGCUUUAUCUCGCAAAAAGAUGACGGGGGGAAUUAAUGGAGGUCUUCUGAAUGAAGCUACCUUGAAAUCUCUGGAUUUUAAAAGGGACUUUCUCUUUCCACUCUCUCUCUUAUUGCAUAAUACUAGACCUGUCGGUCGCCAGGAUACUCUUCAGCUUUUCAUUACCAUCAUGCUUUUGGCAGAUCUUUCUGUCACACUUCUCACAUUACUUCAGUUCUAUUGGAUUUCUCUUGGUGCUUUCCUUGCUGUACUGCUUGUUCUUCCUCUAUCCUUGCUUUCUCCAUUCCCUGCAGGCUUGAAUGCCUUAUUCAGCAGGGAACCUAGAAGAGCCUCACUUGCUCGUGUAUAUACAUUAUGGAAUGCGACAUCCCUGUCUAACAUUGCUGUAGCUUUCACUUGUGGUAUUUUUCAUUAUGGAUUUUCUUCUUUCCGACCACCUGAUGAGGAAAACACGUGGAACAUUAGAAGGGAGGACGAUAAAUGGUGGCUGUUGCCAACUAUCCUUUUGCUGUUCAAGUCAGUACAAGCUCGUUUUGUAGAUUGGCACAUUGCUAAUGUAGAAAUCCAAGACUUUUCUUUGUUCUACCCAGAUCCAGAUGCUUUUUGGGCCCACGAAUCUAGUUCAUGAUUACAUGUCCUGGUUUCUCUGUCUUGUCAACAGGAUCAGGGGAAGAGGCUUUCACUUUUUGUGUCAGGCUGUUUCCCCAGGUGAGACAACAUUGCAGUGUAAAUUCGUUCAAAAUUGUGUAAAGCAUUGGUUAUAGGUGUGCAGUUUGCCGUCUUUGUAAGUAAAAUGCCACAGGAAUUACUGGAGGAAAAAUGUUGAGCAAGAUAGAUCAGUCGUAUAGUAGAUUUUUUAGUUCAUUGUAGAAUCUACACUAGAUUAAGAUUAUUUUUUUGUAAGAAACUGUUUUGGUUUGCCAUACCACCCCUUCGAUCUC